GUCCCUCCCUUUCAGUCAAGAUCAAUCAAUCAGUCAAUCAAACAGUUAGUUGUUCCGAAGUUUGAAAAGUGCCCUUCUAUGUUCGGGAGCUAGAUCAAUUGUAUAGGUAGAGGAGGUGAGUUCCCUGCUCAUUUCCCGUCGGUGGCCGACAAUGACGGGGCCGGGGAAAGCCGCAUGCUGUUGGACAUGCAAAAUUAGGCACGUCAAAUGCGACGGCGCACCAACCGCUUGUCUCCAAUGUACCAGCAGGGAGAUCCAGUGCCAUGGAUAUGGACCAACGCCAUUGUGGUUGGACGGAGGCCCAAAUGAAAAGCAAGAGAAGCAGCGCAUCAAGCAUGCUGUAAAGAAGAACUUUAGGCAGAAAAAGAGACUUCAGGCACGUCAACCUAGAGGACAUAAUCAGAACACAAAUCAAGAACGAAGCCUAUCAAAUCCUGCUACAGAUGGCAUACAUUUCAGCGGCGUUUCUCAAACAAAUGCCGAUUCAAGGAUCACACCAUCGCCAAUAUUGACUCCUCGAUCCUUGCAAAGCCGGGUCCUCUCGGGACAGUCCUUCGCCGAGCCCCUUCACUACGACGAAGCCAGCCUUCUGAUGCAUUACCUAGAUCAUGUCUUUCCCUAUCAGUACCCUUUUUUUGACAAGGCAAGGUUGUCUCGAGGUUGGCUCCUUUGGCUCCUGAGCAAAAAUGGGCCUCUCUAUCGAGCAUCCAUGGGUCUCGCAGCGUUGCAUCAGCGAUCAUUGCUGGGCGAGACAAACAACCAUCACCUUGAACUUGAGUUUCAUACCAAAGCGGUCAGGCAGCUACAGGACUUUCUUUCAUCCAUCGACAUCAAUGAACUGCGGCCCGAAAACGAGACUCUGGUCGAGAUCAUCACUUGUGGUAUAACUCUUAUUAGCUUUGAGGUCCUUCGAGGAAGUGCGACAAACUGGCAACCGCAUUUAUGCGCCAUGUCCUCCAUCGCAGUAAUGAUGCAUAAUCAGCCUCCGCUUCCGCAAUCAGUAGAUCAGCUUCCUUCCCCUCUCUUUGAAAGCAAAGCUGCCGCAGCUAUGGCCUUCCAACUCCCGGUCCUGCUCUGGGUGGAUUUGCUAGCCUGUGUAGCGACUCGGGAGAAACCAAGACUUCCAUAUGAUGAGUGGCUGGGACCUAACUGUACCUUUCAGCUCGCACAUAUAAUGGGCUGCCACAACUCAGUCAUGAAAGCCAUAGGGGACUUGGCAGUUUUGAGUGAGUGGAAGUUCAAUUCUCUCGUCAGAGGCAGACUUGAUCUUGAGGAAUUCCAGAACAAAAGACAACAGAUCGAAGAUGAACUAGAGAACGUCAUGGAUAUGACCCCUAUGGCCUCAAUGGAAUUUCGGGGAUUGCCUCCUAGUAUUUUAACGAACCAAGCAUCUAGUCAAACGAACUCAGAGCAGCGACCGGAUCAAGAUUGUGUUACUCGCAUAUUUGCUGCCGCGGCAUUGGCUCAGCUCGCGGCUUUGAGCGCUGAAGUCUCAAAGAACAUCUCAUUGACUGUAGUGAGAAGAGGUGUAAGCCGAGUGAUUCUGGAGAUCAAAAUGGCAUCCCAAAUGGUCUCUCCUCGGCAACUGAGCUGGCCUAUAUGCGUUGCUGGCUGCAUAGCUGAUCAAGACCAGCAGCCAUUCUUUGAAGCGUUAUUAAACAGUGUGCUAUCCGAAGGAACUGGCAUGAUAGGGAACUGUGGGACUGUUCGGGAUAUCUUGCGAGCUUGUUGGAGAAACAAGACUGAGCAGCCAAAUGAACAGUGGGACUGUGGUAGUACUAUGAAGCAGUUGGGUAUCUAUGCCCUUUUAAUAUAAAAACAAUAAUAAACAGAAGUAAAUAUUAAAGACCU